AUGAAAUCAUCGUUUAUGGAGCCGGUGGACAGGCUGACCUCAAGAAUAAAGAAGAAGGACACCUGGUUCCAGAAGGCGCUACCGCCUGGUCUGAGAGUUGCGGUCACUCCCCGGCACCUCGCCACUAGUGACAGCUACAACUUGCUGAUGUACUCCUUCAGAUUAGCCCACAACACCAUCUCCUACAUGGUCAAACAAGGCUGCAUGGUCAUCGUAGCAGAGUACUCUAAAGAGGUCUUCAACAUCCCCACUGCCUCAGACGAGUGGCGAGGUGCAGCAGAACUGUUCAACAUCAGGUGGUACAACUCCAUUGUUCUUAUGGCUCUGGUCGACGCUGACUACAAGUUCAUGUGGGUCAACGUCGGCUCCCCUGGCUCCUGUUCAGAUGUGCAGAUCUGGAAUGACUGUGACCUCAGAGACCACAUCGUCCCCGACCGCAUCAGCUGGCCACAACCAGACCACAUGAUGACAGGGACACCCCAUACUACAUGA